GGCAAAUUUGAGGCAAUGUAGGAGCUAAUUACACGCACAAUCCUUCCCCGCCACAAGAACCACAUCAUCUCGGGCAAUUCUUACAUCGUGAGUUUGUGUCAGGGCUUCGAGUUGCACUCUUGAAAAACAGGAACAUGCGUCAUCAGUUUAGGUAGCAAACUGUAAGAUUAUUCCAUCAUUGUGGAUCCUUUUUUGGCCCAAGCAUGUGCCACAAGUCCAGUGGUGAUUUCUGGUUCCAGUGGAUGCCAGCAUAAGUACGUGUUCCUAGCUCACAUCGUUCUGACCCCGGUCCGUCGUGGAGCCGGCAGAGCCUGGUCGCCUUCGUUUCAGUCAUGGGCGCCAUUCUCUCAGAGCCUGUGACCGCCAUGGUCGUGGAGCAUUGUUCCUCUCCUUCAUGGUCAGCUGCUGCCGUCACGAUGCAAGGCUGGCGCCGAAGCCACGAAGAUGCGCAUCUCCUUUGCCCGGAUGAGCGUUCCGGCGGCGGGGUCUUCGCAGUGCUGGACGGUCAUGGCGGAAGCAGUGCGGCCUUUGAUGGUGCGCGGCUUCUUGAGGAGGCAUUGAAGCAAGUGACUCUCUGUGGGAAGCCCCCCGGUCAGGUCCAAAAAAUCCUGCAAGACGCGUUCAUUGACACUGAUAGCCGCUUGCGCAGCCACCUUGAAGCAGAAGACCGCAGUGGCAGUACCGUGGUCGCUUGCAUUCUGACCCCUGAGGUGUCUGGUUCCUACACCGUGCAGAUCGCACAUGCCGGGGAUUCUCGAGCAGUUCUCAGCCGCAAGCGAUGCCUGUUCUUCUCCAAGGACCACAAGCCCAACCGAGAAGACGAGACUCGCCGCAUCGAAGCGGCCGGCGGCUGCGUCUCUCAAGGGCCCUUGGGAGGUCCCAUGCGAGUGGAUGGUGCUUUGGCCGUGAGCCGGGCGCUGGGCGACUUUCAUUUCAAGCCCAAGGGGAUGGAACCCUCCAAAACGAAGGUCUCGGCCGUGCCCGAAGUGCAAACCAUCUCUGGGUGCUCAGCAGGGGAUUGGGUACUUCUAGCUUGUGAUGGCAUUUUCGAUGUUAUGGAGAAUGAAGAGGUGCGGACCUUUGUGGAAGAGCAUCCGUCCAAAUUGGAUGGGCCUCAUGGGCUAGAUGCGGGACAGGUCUGCAUUGAUCUCCUAAAGCUUUGCUUGGACAAGGGGAGUAAGGACAAUUGCACCGCUUGCUUCAUCCACUUUGGUGAAGGCCCAGUGAGGAGCAAAAGUUCCGAGCUUUUGCAGGGAGGAUGGAGGGGGGCCUCCCCUGAGGUGCAAGGCAAAUAUGCCGAAUUCUUCCGAGACCAUGGCUUUGAGGCGCAAGCCAGUGAGAUGAAUCCGGGGCGUCGGCUGUCGUGCUCCAAGUCCAAAGGUAAUCCAUCUUCGCCCGAUCGUCCGGAGGGCGGUCGAAACAGUUUGUCAAGUCUCACCCGUGUCUUCCAGGCUGUUCGUUCCACCCGAGCCAUUCAAUCCGCUUGGAGAGCCCGGAAAUCUUCGGAUGCCGCACCAGCAUCCAGCACAGAGUAGCGCGAGCCUUUGAA